AUGCCAGAAGUAACAAACAAAUCCAGCACUAUCCUAGUCACCGGCUCGAACGGCUACAUCGGCACGUGGAUCGUCCGAAAGCUGCUCGAGCGCGGGUUCUCCGUCCGUGCGGUAGUGCGCUCUGAACAGCGCGGGAAGCACCUACUGGGCUCGUUCAGCACGUACGACGAUAGGCUAGAGCUCGCGAUUGUACCGGACCUCGCGAAGGAAGGUGCGUUCGACGAAGUUGUCAAGGGAGUCGAAGGAAUCGUGCACACGGCGUCGCCUGUGGUCGCAAUUUCGGGUCACCCUGAUGAGAUCGUCAAACCGGCUGUUGGGGGCGUGACUGCAAUUCUGCACAGUGCACUGAAGCAUGGCACAUCUUCGAAGCGCGUCGUGAUAACGUCGUCCAUGGCUGCCGUCGAGUACCAAAGCGAUCAUCCGGUGACAUAUACCGAGAAGGACUGGAAUGUGACCACCAUGGCCGAAAGCGAUGAGAAGGCUGAGAACGCCAGUUCAUAUGCAAAAUACUGCGCGUCCAAGGUGAAAUCGGAGCAAGCCGUUUGGGAGUUUGUCGAAAAGCAUAAGAGCGAGAUAAGCUGGGAUGUCAGUGUUCUCAACCCGCCUUGGGUGUACGGUCCACCCAUCCACGACGUCAACAAACCCAGUGCGCUCAACUCUUCCGCGAAAUACUGGUUCGAUGCGGUGGUCAAAGGAGAGCUUCCUGCGACGGGCUCGACAGAUCCGCUCACCAGCCCAGGCGGAGGCUGGAUCGACGUGAGAGACUGCGCAGAGGCACAUGUCCGUGCGCUCGAGAGGGUGGCUGCUGGAGGCAAGCGUAUCUUCUGCGCGGCGGGAUAUCCGCAUGUUUGGCAGGACUUCUUUGAUACGGCGAAUGGGCUGAAGCCACAGCCGUACGAAGGCAGUUUAGCCAAAGGACUUCCCGAUGGCAUCAAGAGAGUAAAGAAUACGCUUGAUUCAAGGCUUUCGAAAGAGGUUCUAGGUAUAGAGUGGUGCUCCAUGGAAGAGUUGACAAGGGACACUUUGGAGGAUUUCCAGCGGAGGGGUUCUGAGUGGAUAGUCAAUGUCAGCGAGUAA